AUGUCGCAGCAGGGCGACGACGCCGUGUCGCUGGCGCAAGAGCCCCAGGACAACAACGGCGAGCUGAGACUGUCGACUGCAGACGAGGACAUGGCUGUCGAGGAGCACGACUCGUUUGAAGAUGCCGUCGACGCCGUGUCCGUCCGCUCCCUGACCAAAAGAGCCGUCUCCGUUACCGUCUCCAAGAGCCAAGUCCCCGGCGAAACGGACAGCACAGAAACACACACCAUCGAGGCCGACCCGCCAAGCCCGGCCGAGUCCCAGGCCAAGCGCCAGUCCCGCCGUCCAUCGUCGCCGCCCUCCAGCCGCAUAUCAGACGCCUCGAAUCUCGACAAUGUCAACCUGGACGACGAAGCAGCAGACAAGACUCAAGAGCCCCAGAGUCCUGCCGACAAAGACCACCAGCCCGGCAAGAAGCUAUCUCUAAAUAGCAUCACCGGAGCCCUCCCUUCCAUGCCCUGGUCCCCUCCAGCAGAAUCGCCCUCAAAGAGCUCCGCGCCGUCAAUGGCCGCAAUCGCCUCCCCGCCACCACCAGCAGCCCAUCCUCCCCCACCGACCCGAAAGCUCACCAGUCCCUUUUCGUGGCUAUCUCGAAAUACCUCAAGCACUAAGGAUAGGGACAGCCACAAUCCGGAAAUGAUGUUGAGCAGACUCGAGGAGGAGAACGAGGACGGCGCCAAUGGUUCGAAUCGCGAGAGCCUCAAAGACCGAUUCAAGGCAUUACGGAUGCAGGAGGAAGUCAGCACAUUGCCUCUGGGAGGAGACAGUGACAAAGCCAGCGAUGCUCUGGGCCUCGUCAAUCAAAGCGAAGAAGUCCCGGUACCCCUUCCUUCGCCAGUCCCCGGCCGCAACGAUGAUCUGGCUCCGGGCACGGUAUCGGGUAUCAAGGCUGGUCCGUCAGCGAUGCCGGAUACUCGCGUCGACUGGGACCUAUGGCAAUCCGUUGUUUACGAGGGUCCAGCAGCAGUGGCACGGACGAGCGCUGAAGAACUGAACAAGGCAAUUGCGAUCGGUAUCCCGAACGCUAUUCGUGGAGUCAUUUGGCAAGUUCUGGCCCGAAGCAACAACGAGGGUCUCGAGUCAGUUUACCAAGAGCUUGUCGCCCGAGGCACAGACAAGCACAAGGACCGGCACAGCAACAGCACGACGGCAAGCACCAUCAGCAAUGGCAGCCUCAGCACACAGAGCGGUGACGCGGUAGUUUCCUCGGCAUCGUCUGUACACUCGGAACAGUCGGGCACAAACGGGAGCUCGUCCCCGAAGGUGGACAAAAGCGCAGAGGUCGGGGCAAAGGAGCAAGCGACCGCAGCCGCAGAGCGAAAAAAAAAGGACAAGGAGGCCGCCGCGGCGCUGCAGAAGCUGGAGAAGACAAUACGUCGCGAUCUUGGCGCUCGCACGAGCUACUCCAAGUAUGCGGCCGCUGCCGGGCUUCAAGAGGGCCUAUUUGGCGUAUGCAAAGCCUAUGCUCUGUACGACGACGCCGUCGGCUACGCCCAAGGCAUGAACUUCCUAAUCAUGCCAUUGCUGUUCAAUAUGCCGGAGCAAGAGGCUUUCUGUCUCCUCGUUCGUCUAAUGAAUCACUAUCACUUGCGCGACCUGUUUGUUCAGGACAUGCCCGGACUACACAUGCAUUUGUAUCAGUUUGAACGCCUCUUGGAAGACAUUGAGCCUGCGCUGUACUGCCAUCUGCAUCGACGGGGUAUUUCGCCGCAUCUAUACGCCACGCAGUGGUUUCUGACGCUCUUCGCGUAUCGCUUCCCGCUGCAGCUGGUGCUUCGCAUAUACGAUCUGAUUCUUUCUGAGGGCCUAUCGGCAGUCCUUCGGUUCGGACUUGUUCUCAUGCAAAAGAACGCUGCGACGCUACUUGGUAUCUCUGAUAUGCAGCAGCUCACGACUCAUCUCAAGGACAAGCUCUUCGACGUGUACAUCGACAAGGAUCCGAGUCAGGGGAGUCUCCUCGAGAAUGGCUUCUUCGGCAGCUCGAGUUCAAGCCAGGACAAGGAGGUGUAUAGGGCAGACCAGUUCGUCCGAGACGCAUGUGAAGUCAAAAUGACACCCGAGACCCUGAAAAUAUACACCGCUGAGUGGGAGGAGAAAACGAGGGCCGAGCGCGAUCGGGAGAUGGAGCUACAGGAGCUUCGGGCUGCCAAUCAAGGCUAUGCCGUCAAAGUCCGAAAGCUCGAGGAGCGGGUCGAGGUUUGCGACCGCGAGCAAGCCGCCCUGGCCACGGAACUAGUCCAUACCAAGGUCAGCAACGAAGAGCUCCGGGACGAGAACGAGAGCCUCAAGGGCCAAGUUCGCGAGCUCAAGGUGGUGAUUGAGAAGCAGCCGGCCGAGAUCGAGGAGUCGUGGAAACUGGAGAGGGACGACUUGAUGAAACGAAACGAAAACGUUCACGUUGAGAAUCAGAAGCUGGAAAAAGAGAUGGCGGAAUUGGAAGAAGAACUGGUCCAAACCAAGAUGCAGUACGCCGAGAUCAACUCCCAACACGAGACGCUUACUCGUAAAUGGUCUGAUCUCAGGCGCCAAUUUGCGUAA